AUGUUUCUGAUGAUGUAUACACGUAAUAACCUAAACUGUGCUGAGCCACUGUUUGAGCGUGAUAAGUCACUUAACGUUAAUUUUAAUACAAAUAAGAAGACAGUUUGGCUGAUUCAUGGAUACAGACCAUUGGGUUCCUCUCCUGCAUGGCUUAACAAUUUUCUAAGGAUUUUAUUGAAUCAAGAGGAUAUCAAUAUAAUUGUCGUAGACUGGAACCGCGGUGCUACCACAUUUAUUUACAAUAGAGCAGUUAAAAACACUAGAAAAAUCGCUGUGAGUUUGGGUGAGUGCAUUCACAAUCUUUUGAAGCAUGGAGCAUCUCUUGAUAGUUUUCAUUUCAUAGGCGUGAGCUUAGGUGCUCAUAUUAGCGGAUUUGUUGGAAAGAUGUUUCAAGGUCAACUUGGAAGAAUAACAGGUCUUGAUCCUGCUGGACCAAAAUUUUCUGGAAAACCAUCAAAUGACAGAUUAGAUUACACAGAUGCAAAGUUUGUGGAUGUCAUCCAUUCUGACGCCAAUGGUUUAGGAAUAAAUGAACCAUUGGGACAUAUAGAUUUUUACCCAAAUGGAGGAAGAAAGCAACCUGGCUGUCCAAAAUCAAUUUUUUCAGGAAUUGAAUUUAUUAAAUGUGAUCACCAGAGAGCAGUUUACUUGUUCAUGGCGGCUUUGGAAACAAAUUGCAAUUUUAUUUCAUUUCCCUGUCCUUCCUACAAAGAUUACAAGGUUGGUUCUUGCAUGGACUGUGACAGUUUCAAGGAAAAAUCAUGUCCUCAAUUAGCCUAUUAUUUUGUUCUUAGCAUAAUAGUUCUGGAUAAAACUAUGAAGGAAGGGUAUAUUACAUUUAAAUUGCUAAACCAGCAUGGAUUAUCUGAAGAGCCAAGGCUCUAUCAAAAGAAUAAAUUAUUUUAUAAGCUUCAAGAAGUCAAGAUUCUUGCUCAGUUUUUAAAUGAUGUUGUAAAUAUUUCAAGCAUCGGCUUGAAAUAUAAUCAGAGCUCAAAUCGACUAUGUGCUACAUGCAAAUACAGUAUCUAUCGUCUCAAAUUAAAAUCCCUUACAUACCCAGAAAGACCACCACUUUGCAAUUAUAAUUUUUCACUUAAAGAGAGUGAGGAAAUCUUUCUCAAACCAAGCAAAUGCGUACCACAAGAAAUAUGA